AAAAUUUUCAAGACCAAGAGUCAAUCGACUUGAAGGUAUCACAUUAGAAACACUACGAACAAAAAUGGCUUGCUUGAAAAUUUUGGCAGUGUUGGCCCUGAUAGCCUUUGCCAAGGCUCAACAGAACCCAAUCGAAAACAUUUUGGGUAAUCUUACAUCGUUGCGCAAUGAGGAAUAUAUCAGUGCCCAUAGACGUCUCUAUGCUUUCAAUAUCUGGUUGUAUGGCCUGGAAAUUAAUGCCUUCAAAGACUCCUUUUUGGCCCGAGUCGAUGCAGUGGAAUUCCAAAAGGAUGCCCUCUUGGGUGAAAUUAUUAUGGCCAAUGAAAAAUGGGAACCUUUGUCGGCUAAGAGCAAUGUCACCAAAGAUUGUGUUGAGCAAAACUCAGACACAAUGCCAACAAAGCAAUGGGCUGAGAAGAAGUUCGAUAAAUGUAUUUCUCAUGCAAAAUCUCGUAUAAAUCGUCUCAUCAUGCCCCUGCAAGUCACCAAUUUUACAUUGGCACAUCACUACAGUCAUGUCUUUGAGAAAGACGUAACACGCUGUGAAAAUAAAUUCAAUGAGACCAUGUUGAAAAAUCAGACAGUGUGUCUUAACAAGGCGGUGGCCGAUGCUAAUGCUUAUACCGCCAAGAAUCAAAAUACAUUCUCUAAGCAAAUGGAGUCGGCUAAAAACUCCUCCACCAUCGACAUUCAAAACCUUCACGAAUGCAUUUUCGAUGUCCACAAUGCCACUUUAACCAAAAUCUCGGAAACCAACCACAACAUUGAAAGCUGCAUUCGUGGCGCUGUCGAUUGCUCCAAAUGCAGUGGUCACUUCUGUGUAGAUGUCUACCCAAUGGCCUCAUCCUCCAUAGAUUUUGAAAGCACAACCAUGAACAAUCCAUUCUAUGGACGCAACGACACUAGUGGCUGUUUGAUUUUGAAUAUUUUCUAAGCUCUCAAAAUCAAAAUUAAUAAUUAAACAAAAAUUACUUUGCUGUGUGUUAACUUUUAAAAAUUUAUUUUUUAUGCUCUCAUUAACUUUAAAAAAAUUCUUUAAAUAAAUUUCGCUUUGAUAUUCCUUUAA